UUCUGUCGCUCAUUCCCUCGAAACCAUCCACACACAAGAUCCGCAUAGGCUAACGACAGCGUGCAACACGCUCUACCGAUAUAUUCGAGACCAGAACGCCGUGAAGGAUGUCAGGCUUCAUAACAACAAUGUUCGUCCCUCCCGCUUCCCUCGUUCACCCCCCGUUUCCCGCGAAGCCCAAGCCCCUCCAGCCCGUCUUCAGCUUCGCCCAGAGCCAGAGCUGCAUGAGCCUCGCAAUGGACAUCCUCGACCGGACAGAGCAUGCGGCAGGCAAGCCUGCAUGGACGGAGACCUCUGAGGGUCGGUUCGAGGUUCUGGCACCUGCUAGACCGCGAUCGGCGUAUAAGAGCCCACUCCAGAGGAUCGGGGAAGCGCUGCGGACGCCGCAGGCGGGUUCGGCUGCUACAUUGCCGGAGCUGGUAACCAAUUCGGCUGCGGGAGGGGUGUCGGGCAUUGGCUUUGCUCUUCCUGCCCUUCACCCGAACCCCCACUCGCAGUCCGACGAGCAGAGCCCGUCCUGCGAGUUCCCCAAUUACUCGUACAAACUCGUACCAGGAGGGAAACGCUCACCAACACGCUCUGCACUGAAGAAGGACGCCGAAAUAUGCUCUGGGCGAGGGUACGAUGGCCCGACGGGCACGGGUACCGUCUCUUGUCCUACGCCGAAGGGACAGAUAAACACACCACGCAAUGAUAGAUACUUUGCGGGCACCAGCUUACUUUCUUCUUUCUUUAGUAACCCGCGCACGCGAGCACCAUUCAAGCCCCAGAAGUCGAAUCGAGGAACGAGCAGCUGGCAACUCAAGCAGUAUGCGGAAGCGACGCUGGGAAGUGGGAGCUUGAGGAAGGCAGUGAAGUUGCCCGAGGGCGAGGACAAGGACGAGUGGUUGGCCGUCAACGUGGUCGACUUCUACAACCAGAUCAAUCUUCUUUACGGUUCCAUAACCGAGUUCUGCUCGCCGCAGAGCUGCCCGGAGAUGAAGGCAACAGACGAGUUCGAAUACCUCUGGCAAGACAGCGAAAACUACAAGAAGCCCACCAAGAUGCCCGCGCCCGAGUACAUCGAGCACCUCAUGGCCUGGGUGCAAUCCAACAUCGACAACGAGCAGAUGUUCCCGAGCCGCAUCGGCGUCCCCUUCCCCAAGACGUUCCCCGCUCUCCUCCGCAACAUGUUCAAGCGCCUGUAUCGCGUCUAUGCCCACAUCUACUGCCAUCACUACCCCGUCAUCAUCGAGCUGGGCCUCGAGCCGCAUCUGAAUACGAGCUUCAAGCACUAUGUGCUGUUCAUCGAUGAGCAUGGGCUGGCGAGCGGGAGCAAGGACUUCUGGGGUCCGCUUGGGGAUCUGGUGGAGAGUAUGCUGAGGAGCGAUUAAGCCUUGGCGAAGGAAGGAUUGAUGGGUACGGGUGGGAUCGUAGUAGGCCCGAUAGCGUUUACGGUCGCGUACAAGGAGGCGGCCAAGCACACGCGUAGGUUACUCUCGGCGUUGGGCACGGGCGUACGGCUUCGACAAGGGCAUUGGUUUUGAUAGGCCGGCGGAUAUUCGGAGCACCUUUUCAUGAUGUAUGAGUACUAAUGACGAAGAAUAUGCGAUCCAAGGCCCCCGAGUGAUGUUUCUUGGCAUUUGGCGGGGUCUACUCUUGAGAAGUGGUUCGCCUGGAAAACGUCGCUGCGAUACGUAGGUGUUAUCCGCCUUCGAAAGGGUUAUGGGCGCUCGUGUUGUCAUUCCGGCGAACGCUCUCGCCCGCACAAUCUGAGUAC